AUGGAUGAGACGCGAUACGAAGAUGAUGACUUCGAGGGAACCGCCAAUAAGAAAUACACGUUUUUCGUAAUUGAUGGUAAUCCAGCGAUGUUUGAGACAACGAAAGAAGGAGAAGUUCCGGAGUUUCAAGCAGCUUUGAAGUUGGUUCUAGAUGAAAUGGUUCGAGUUUGUUGUUCGAGAAGUUUGAACAAUCACAUCGGAAUUAUAGUUACUGGAACUAAAAACUCUGAAACCGAGGGACUAGAAAACAGUACAUUACUGGUGCCAAUGGGCGUUCUCGGACAAGAAGAAGUCAACACAAUCAAAGAAAUCAGAGAGGAAGAAGAUCUUCCAUCGGCUGUCUCUAAUCUAACUGGCGGACAUCACGAAUCAGAUCUAUCGAAUGUCCUCAAUUACUGUAAACGUGUGUUCGCAAGUUGUCCGAAUACUCGUCAUCAAUCAGUUAUUUAUCUGACUAACAACCGGAAUCCAUUCGGUCGUGACGACUUCUGGGAGUCUUCUUAUUUCAAGCGCACCAAGACUGCUGUCACCAAAAUAAUCGGUCUUGGACAUCGUAAAACACUGGGAGAGUUUUCAGUGAUAAUCUUACCGGAAGACGGAUAUAAACCGACUAGCAAAGAAGAGAAAAGUAAAGAACCAUGGUAUCAACUAGACACUGAAGUGUUCAGUACGGAAUGUGACGCAGCCGCUCGCAUUCGUCAGAAAAUUACAGCUCAACGAUCACAUGCAUCACUUACUGUGAACAUUGGACCUGGUGUCAACUUCGAUGUCUCUGUAUUCUCUAUGGUAAUGGAAGCGAAACCUCUGGAUCACAGUCAGAAAUACACAUUUGACACGGAAGAGAAAAUUGUGAAGACUGCUGGAUAUGUGUCGAAAAAAGCAAAGUCCGAGUUAGAGGGUGCUGGAAAUGAUGAUGAGGAGACAUCAAUCGAUGAGACACAGAAGACUUUGCAGAGAUGUAAAUUACUCCAAGAGGAAGCAGUUCGUAAUCGUCGUGAUCUCAAGAAGUCAAUCGUGUUGGGAGGCGAAAAAAUCAUUCUGGAUGGUGAACAAUAUGAAUUUAUGAAUGAAGUCGACUCGAAAGGUGUCGAUGUGAUCGGUUUUGUACCAUUGAAUAGAGUUGAUCGAGAAGUUUCUGUGGUCUCUUCGAAAAUUAUUCAACCGAAUGAUCAGACAACUCUCGGAAGUACUAAUAUGUAUCGUGCUCUUCUGGAUAGAUGCUGGGCUAGACAACAAGCAAUUGUGUGCAAAUAUCAGAGUAGAUCGAAACAAAAGAUGAGAAUUGUUGCAUUGGUUCCUUUCAAAAAGGAUAUGACUUUGAUUGAACCGAGUAGUUUUGGAGAUGAUGGGGAAGAGAUCGAGGAUAAAAAACCAGAUUUGCUUCGCCUGGAACAGCAACGUGCUCAAGUGGACUCUUCUGAAUGGCUUCACGAAGGAUUCAUGCUUGUCGGGCUCCCAUUUCGUGAAGAGAUUCGCGACGAUUUCAAACGGUUUGAAGAGCAACAAACAAUUCUAACAUCUCCACCAACAGAGGGACAAAUUGAUACAAUGAAACAGUUUGUGAAGAAAUUAACGAUGAGUUACAACCCGAGUUUCUACGAGAAUCCACGUCUUCUCUCGGAAAGAUCUGCUCUUUGUUUGGAAGCCACUGGAGAAGAGCUCAUCGAGAGAAAGGAUACUCUUGAGCCAUACUAUCAAAUUGCAAAUCGCCUUCAACGAGUUGGACCACAAAUCGAGAAAAUUGUUGAAACAUUUGGAUUGACUGACGAAGUGAAAGAGGAAAAAGUGAAACCAAAGGCGGAGAGUAGAAAAAGAAAACCAGCAGAAGAGUCAGGAAGUCAGCCGAAUGCAAAGAAAGUGAUGACUAUUCGAGAGUGGAUUGCAGCUGACCAGAUGUCAAAAUUCAAGAAAACCGAGCUUCUUGAAAUGGCAAUGGAACACUGCGAAGCACCGAAAUCUGCCAAUAGAAAAACGAAAGAUGAUCUGAUCGAAUUGAUUGAAAACUAUUUGGAUGAGAAUCCAACAACCACGUGGAAUAUUUGA